AGUUUCAGGUUUUCUUAAGUUUGGUACAUAAAGUGUAAAACCAAUCUUUAAUACAAUUUACACUAGGUGACCAGAAAUAACCUUUGGACAAGACGAAAAAUAAAAAUGGUUAUUAACAAAGAUUUAGUUUGUCAACUGCAAUUCAGAGAUUCAGCGAAAUACCCCAACAAUUCAUUUUUAAUUGUUAGUCAUGAAGUUAAUGUUAUUUUGACAUUAAUAUCAAACAUUGCAUUAAUUUUUGGACUAUACAACACAACCAGAAACAAAAAGUAUACUCGAAAUGAAAAACUCGUCAUGUUACUAUCCGUUACUGAUAUAAUAAAUACUUUGGUAGUUUCAACAUCACAAAUUAUAUUGCUUAAACGUGUUAAGUACUUUGGUUGCUUAGAGAUCUCAAUAAUAUUAUUUUUUCGAGUUUGGUUUCUAGGUGUGACCUGCUCUAUUUUUGUUAUGUUAUCAUGGGAAAGAUUUUUUACAGUUUUGUACAACAACAAAAUUUGCGGAUUUUUUAUAAAAGAUUCAUAUUCUAUUUGGUACUUUGUAUUUGUUGCUUUUGCUUCGUUUUUUGCUGGCGUGUGUUACGGAUUCAUCUACGCUACUUCUAACUUACAUCUACAGUUUAUACUAUACAUAGGAACUGGUAGUUUUACGCUUACUUUGCUGAUAAUGAUUGUUGUUGCAAAUGUUUUAAUGCUACUUGGAGUUAAAAAAAAACUAAGAAAUAGUUCGCUGGAACUUCAAAGAAACGUUGCAGUUGAAAACCACGUCACAAAAACUGUAAUAAUAACCUCCCUCGCCCAUGUGUUAUUUUUUUGCCCUUGCAUAGCUGUUCAGUAUUACAUGUCUUUUAUUUUUUCAAAAAAUGAUGCUUCUCUUAUUCCUCCAGCUCUUAAAAUACUAUUGUGGACCCUUGUACUUAGGAAAUCAAGCUCAUGGAUUAACGCAAUUAUUUAUACUUUUAGAAAUAGAAAAAUAUUAAAGUUAUACGUUUCUAAAAUAAAUUUAAUAUUCAGAAGUACCAGCGUUGGAAGUAGUCAAUAACAACGGUAAAACUAACUAAAAGUGAACUAAGCUUCCUAAAAUUUUCGCAACAGAGCAAAUAGUGGCAGUUUAAAACGUUAAUUUGGAAAAAAAACUUGUA